AUGUACACUGUUCAACCAUUCACUAGCCAAGUAUCCAGUCACCAUAAGCAUUCAGCAUAUUGGGUCCUUGGGACCAACUCAUUGAAAGAUUUUCCCAAUAUGACCCAGAGAUCCAGCCAUUUGCUCAAGAAGUUCUACAACGUCCCACCUCUCUCUGCCAUUGUACAUGAAUCAAAUGUUAUAAACUUUGAAGACGGAUUUCUUUUACCUAGUAGCUGCCACAGUAGGACUUGGCUCCUGGACAACUUUCACGAUACCUGCAGGGAAACCACCAGCUGCAAAGUAUCCCAUGGUGGACAGGAAUUAUGCACAGAGGACAGCUGUGUGCAAAGUGCCUGUCUCCCCAGAGUUGUCCAAAUGGCGUGUUCUAAUUCCAGGCCCUGUGAAAGGACAGCAUGCCAGUCAAGAAGUUCCUCGGCAGUGUUGGAGUGUGUUUCUCAGCCUCGCCAGUCAGGAAGUAGCCAGCAGAUGGGUUUCAUAGCCCAGAGCUGUCAACCUGUGAGCAACAUGGCAAAGUCUUGUCCACCCAAGACUUACGUCUCUAAGAGUUGUCAAACUCUGGAAUGUGACUCUAGCCAAUGCCAGUCUCAGAGCCCUGAAUCCAGUUCCUGUAGCCCUCCGGUCUGUGUUGCACCAGAGCCACAACCCCUGGAAUCUUCUUCUAAUGCUUAUGAGCCAACUUGCUGUGUUACUGGUGGUUUGCAAUUGCCUAGUAAGUGA